GACAUCUGUGUUUUACUUUGAGAAACUUUAAUUACUAAUGAGAUCCUGUAGCUUUGCCUAUGGUUAUUGAUCAUUUCAAUGACUUGAAUUUUGUAUUUGACUCUUUUGCAUUAUGCUCUGUUUUAGUUCGAAGGACUUUUCAGUGUUCGCACUAAACCUUCCUCUAUCGUGCACAUGGCAAGUACUUCCUGGCAGUUCAGGAUCUUCCUUUUGUACCCCAGAAAAAUUCCCCCGGGCUUUACUUGAGACAACGCCAGUGGUGGGUUGACCGGGGCGAGUGGGGGACUACACAGCCCUGAGUUUUUUGCCCGUGACUACCUCAGGGCCCCAGUGGGCGUAGGUCGUGUGUGGCUUUUGGUCAAGUGUUACUAUCCCGAUCACGUCUGACCCUGUUACCCAUCCUCUCCAGUGCUUUAUGGUUCGGGCUGUGGCGGCGCUGGGCGUCUCUCCCACAGCGCCCUCACAUGGUCACAGCUGGCAUGGCAGGGGGCGCUCCGUGGCUGCAACUUCAUCUCAGGCCCCGUGCCUCCGUGAAGGUGGCAUUAGAACCCGCGGCAGCCACUCAGCAAACACUCGCCUCGUGAUUUUCACAAGUUUUCUGAAGCCAAAAAAAGAACAUACAGGAAAACAGAGUCCUGCAACAUACUCACAGGUGUAAUGAGUAAAAACUAAUUAUAGAAAAUAAACCAGCACUAAUGAGAGCUCUCCGGCAACCAGUCUAAACACCAACAAGGAAGGGAGGGCGUGGGGGCCGCCUGCUGGGACAGCACACACACAUCAGGAGGGGUAUAAAAGGUGGACAGUCCCAGCACCUCACACACUCACACACCUUCACACACUCUCACACCUCCUCCCAGCUCACCUCCAGCCCCACCACCCACCAUGGCUGCCUCCACCCUGUCCGUCUGCUCCAGCGACCUGAGCUAUGGCAACCGCGUCUGCCUGCCUGGUUCCAGUGACUCUUGCACUGACUCCCAGCAGGUGGACGACUGUCCAGAGAGCUGCUGCCAGCCCUCCUGCUGUGUCCCCAGCUGCUGCCAGUCCACCUGCUGCGCCCCCAGCUGCUGCCAGUCCUCCUGCUGCAUCCCCAGCUGCUGCCAGCCCUCCUGCUGCGCCCCCAGCUGCUGCCAGCCCUCCUGCUGUGUCCCCAGCUGCUGCCAGCCCUCCUGCUGUGUCCCCAGCUGCUGCCAGUCCACCUGCUGUGCCCCCAGCUGCUGCCAGUCCUCCUGCUGCGUCCCCAGCUGCUGCCAGUCCACCUGCUGUGUCCCCAGCUGCUGCCAGCCUUCCUGCUGUGUCCCCAGCUGCUGUCAAUCCACCUGCUGUGUCCCCAGCUGCUGCCAGUCCACCUACUGUGCCCCUAGCUGUUGUCAGUCCACCUGCUGUGCCCCCAGCUGCUGCCAGCCCUCCUGCUGUGUCCCCAGCUGUUGUCAGUCCACCUGCUGCACACCUGUCUGCUGCAAGCCCGUGUGCUGUGUGCCCAUCUGCUCUGGGGCUGCCCCCUCCUGCUGCCAGCCCACCCCCUGCUGCAGACCCUCCUCCUCUGUGUCCCUGAUCUGCCGCCCUGUAUGCAGACCCGCCUGCUGCGCACCCGUCUCCUCCUGCUGUGCCCCCACCUCCUCCUGCUGCCAGCCCAGCUGCUGCCGCCCAGCCUCCUGCGUGUCCCUCAUCUGCCGCCCUGUGUGCAGACCUGCGUGCUGUGUCCCUGCCGCAGCCCAGACAUCCUGCUGCUGACCAGCUUGAUCUCGAGCUGCUGCCUUCACUCCUGAGCACAGCUCUCCCCUCCCACGUGCCCCUGGGGCCCCUCAGCUAGUGCCAGGACCUCCUCUCUCCCAUCAGGGGACACACAGGUUCUGCUUAAUGCAGAUUCAAACAUGCCACCCAUCCCUUUUUGACAAAAGAUGACCACAAAUCCCUCACCAGGGGGUGGAGUGCGGGACCCCAGGACCCUCCUCUGCAGGAACAAUUGCUUGCUCUCUAUGUGACAAAGGCCAAUUGGUAUAAUCAAUAAAAUGCUUGUGCCAGGAAAUAUGUGUUUGGUUUCCCUUCCUCUCCUGAGCUCCUGAGACUCCAAGUCUGGGCAUCUGGUAGAAGUCACACAAUAAAGCCAUGUUCUCAAAUCCGAGUUCAGAGCAGCUGAGCAAUAACAUCUGGGAGCGAAGUCAUCUGCCUGCUCGUUCCCCUUCC